AUGGUGCACCGUAAGGCUACUCCAAAAGCACGUCGAGAGCGUGUGUCGAUGGAUACUACAACUCCUCCUCAGCAGCAGCAUGAGGUCGCCAAUGCAGAUGAGGAGACCUCAGCAGUCAAGACAAAGACCAAGAAGGGUAGUCGGAGGGGUAGUCGGGAUAGCAGUACCAUCGAUAGCCCCCGGAGGAAGGAGACCAAGCACUCAGCUGGUGGAAAGGCUAAACGGAGUAAGACGGAGAGCCAAGGCGCCUUUCCGGAGCAUAGAAGGGUGAUUCCCUUAACAGAGGAGCUGCGCGAGGCGAUACUGGCAGCUCAUUCAUCUGGAGUGGUAUUGAAGAAGUUAAAGCCAGAGUUCCAUCCUGAUUUAAAGGUCGAGAAGAGAGUUCCUGCCGAGGCAACGACGACGACGACGACACCAAGUCCACAGCCCGCCCCUGCAGAGAGUAAGGCCUUGAGAGAGCUUGUUACUCUGCAGGGAAUGUACAUCAAAUUGAAGGACCUUGCUCUCCAUCAACAUACUGAUAUAACACGUUUACAGGCUGAGAACCAGGCCGUCAAUGCAGCCCUACAGCGUACUUUGGCUAAGUGCAAUCUAUAUAAACAACAACUCGACUACCAAAUGCAACGACAACAACAACAACGGGCCUCCAAUCAGUUCCAGAGUGUGGACCAUUCGAGGGGUUCCGCGAACACCAUAGCAUUAUUGCAACAACUAGCGGCUAGUGGUGCCAUGGACACGAGUGGAACUCAGCAGCCAUCGGCAUCUGCAUCACCCAUACAUCUAGGAGCAUUCUCUGCUACUGUGCCCUCCGCAAGCUCAGUACCCAGUCUUUUCCCAGUACUCAGGCAGGAUAGCUUUGGAGAGGCAACUCCGCAACUGCCACAAACGGCACAGAUGAGUCCGACAAUUGGCAAUGCAAAUCUAAGUCACUUACUACGGCAAAACAUGCCAUUUAAUGAACCCAAUAGGCCCAGCCCACCACCAUUCACCUUGCCAACAUUGCCUUCAGCGAGGUUCGAUGCGAGCGGACAACUGCAGACUUCUCCUCAAGCUGGUUCAGGAGAGCCGAAUAAGAUAUUUAAUACUGCGGCAGGGUCGGGGGAGCAUCACCAAAGUUAUACCAGUUCCCCGUCUCUCAAUGGCUCCGCCAUGAGUACUCCAGACAGUGGUCUCCCUCCGAGUGAUCAGGGAGGGCCAGGCGCACCUGAGGACAGACCGGCUGAGGCUUCGACUACUGUGGCAGCACCGCCUAUCGACCAAAGCACCGUUGCUGAUGCAGAAACUAAACCGGGUUGUGGUGAGGAGACUGAGGUGGUGUAGCAUGCUAUCAGGGUAGAGUAUUAGAUUAUUGAAAUUUCAUGAGAGUCGUUUCCCCUAACUCAGUUCGUCUCAGUGAUGUUGGUCUCUUUAUUAUCACCUUGGAAUUCCAACUGCAUUAUUGGGACAGUCCAGAGAGUCUAUCUACUAGCUCCCUGUUCUCUCCGC